AUGUCGUACGAGAGAGCAGACACGUACAGCGCCCACGUGUUGCCCGGCGACCAGCCCGAGGACAACUCGUUCAACGAGGUGACCAAGGCUUUCCGCAACUUCAUCUUGGAAUUCCGGUUGAACAACCUGUUCAUCUACCGGGACCAGUUGCGGGAGAACUUGCUCAUCAAAAACUACUAUCUCCGCGUGAACUCGGAGCACUUGAUCGGCUUCAACGAGGAGCUCAACAAGAAACUCUCGGACCUGCCGCUGGACAUGGUGCCGCUUUUCGAGAACGCCAUCACCGACAUCGCCAAGCGCAUUGCGUACCUCUCCAACGAGGACAUUCCUCGGGACUUCCCGGGCUGCCAGUUGGUGUUGUACUCCAACUCGAGCCCCAUCUCCAUCCGCCACUUGGACUCGGACCACAUCUCCAAAAUCGUGCGGGUCAGCGGCAUCAUCAUCUCGGCGUCGGUGCUCCUGUCUCGGGCCACGCAGGUGCUGCUUCUUUGCCGCAACUGCAAGCACACGAUGAAGUUGAAGGUCCCCACCGGGUUCGGCCCGCUCAGCUUGCCGCCGCGCUGCUUGGCCAACCACAACCACGACGAGUCGCACCUGCAGCAGAAAUGCCCACCGGACCCGUAUGUGGUGGUGCAUGACAAGUCAUCGUUCAUCGACCAGCAGACGUUGAAGUUGCAGGAGGCGCCCGACGCCGUGCCCGUGGGCGAAAUGCCGCGGCACAUCUUGGUGCACGUGGACCGCUACUUGACCAACCAGGUGGUGCCGGGCACGCGUGUGACGUUGGUGGGCACGUACCUGAUCUACCAGUCCAAACAGCGCACCACCACGGCCGUCAACACGGUGGCCAUCCGGAACCCGUACCUCAAGGUCUUGGGCAUCCAGACCGACGUGGACACCGCCGCGCAGGGCCUCGCGUUUUCCGACGAGGAGGAGGAGGAGUUCUUGCGGCUCUCGAGAAUGCCCAAUCUCUACGAGACGUUCUCCAAGUCCAUCGCGCCUUCCAUCUACGGCAACGACGACAUCAAGAAGGCCAUCACGUGCUUGCUCAUGAGCGGGUCCAAGAAGAUCUUGCCCGACGGCAUGCGCUUGCGAGGCGACAUCAACGUGUUGCUUCUAGGCGACCCCGGCACGGCCAAGUCCCAGCUCCUUAAGUUCGUCGAGAAGAUCUCGCCCAUAUCCGUGUACACGUCCGGAAAGGGCUCGUCGGCGGCCGGUUUGACGGCGUCUGUGCAGCGCGACACGCAGACCAGGGACUUCUAUUUGGAGGGCGGCGCCAUGGUGUUGGCCGACGGCGGCGUGGUGUGCAUCGACGAGUUCGACAAGAUGCGUGACGAGGACCGCGUGGCCAUCCACGAGGCCAUGGAGCAGCAGACCAUCUCCAUUGCCAAGGCCGGAAUCACCACCGUGCUCAACUCGCGGACGUCGGUGCUCGCCGCGGCCAACCCGAUCUUCGGCCGCUACGACGACUUGAAGAGCCCCGGCGAAAACAUCGACUUCCAGACCACCAUCCUCUCGCGUUUCGACAUGAUCUUCAUCGUGAAGGAUGACCACGACGCCGCGCGGGACCGGUCCAUUGCACAGCACGUGAUGAACGUGCACACCGGCAACACCGCCAACAACGAGGAGCAGGAGGGCGAGAUCCCCAUCGAGACCAUGAAGCGCUACAUCCAGUAUGCCAAGGCGCGCUGCGCGCCGCGCUUGACGGCCGAGGCCUCCGAGAAGCUCCUGUCCCAUUUUGUCGCCAUCCGGCGUCGUUUGCAGGUCAAUGAGAGCGACAUGAACGAGCGCUCGUCCAUCCCCAUCACCGUCCGGCAGCUCGAGGCCAUCAUCCGGAUCACCGAGCUGUUGGCCAAACUCACCUUGUCGCCGGUGGCCACGAUGGACCACGUGGACGAGGCCAUCCGUCUUUUCACGGCGUCCACGAUGAACGCCGUGGACCAGGGCGUGCAGAGUGGCAACAUGGCCACGGGCAAAUUUGCCGAGCACAUCAAGGCGGUGGAGAUCGAGUUGAGACGGAGGUUGCCCAUUGGCUGGUCCACGGCCUACAGAACGCUCCGACGGGAGCUCGUAGACAACGGCAAAAUCCCAGUCGAGGCGCUCGACAAAGCCUUGCACAUCAUGGAGCGACACGACGUGAUCAAGUUCCGUCACCAGCGGCAGAACAUUCUACGCGUGGGUGUUUAG